AUGACUGCUCUGGUGACAGACCUUAAAAGAAAAGGGAGAAAUGAAGCAGGUACUAAUAAUGACUCCAAAAACCAGCUCACCAGCACCAAAGUUGGCAAACCCAGAUCAGUUCCAGGAGGUUUGUCAGGAUGGGGAGAAAUGGAAAAGAAAAAAGUUGUCUUAGAACAUGAAGUCAAAAAUCUAAAUGACUCCCUAAAGAAAAUUGAAACCAAAGUUAGUGCUAUCAUGGAAGAGAAGGAAGAUGUAAUAAAGGAAGUUGAAGGUAAACGAGCCUUACUUGAAGUCAAAGAACGAGAAUAUAACCAACUGGUCAAGCUAUUGGAAUUAACCAAAGAGAAUGAAGCAACUUCACUAGCUGAAAGAGGAAUCUUAGAUCUCAAUUUACGAAACAGUCUCAUUGACAAGCAGAACUACCAUGAUGAACUUUCUCGUAAGCAAAGAGAGAAAGAACGAGAUUUUCGAAAUUUAAAAAAGAUGGAGCUACUCUUGAAGGUGUCCUGGGAUGCACUCACUCAAACUCAAGCGAUGCAUCAAAGGCUGCUAUUAGAG